CAGCCAUGGUCGAUUAUCUCAAUGCAUAUUCUCUGAUAAAGAGUAGGGUAUGACACUUGUGUGCAGCCACUGGUAGUAUAUCAUAAAGGAUUUUCUCGCAUAUUUAAACAAUAAAAUAUUUAAAAGUGGGGAUAUAGUAUAUUAUUUGAUAUUUCAUUUGUAAUCUGUGGUAUGUUUCUUAUUUAACCUAUGCAUUGGCAAGUUGGGAAUUGCAGCUACAAUAUAUAGCGUUGGGUUCUCACAUGUGUGUCAUGGUCGACAUCUGUUAAAGAAGGAACUAUCGAUUAAACUGUCAUAUGAUUACAGCAACCAGGUAAACUACAUCGAAUGUACAACAUAGCACACGGUCCUCAUAGCCAGAGAAGAGCUUGGUUUGCCUCCAAGGUAAAGGCCGAAUACGAUACCAUUUUAAUGGGAGAUUCAUUACAUCUUUCGAUUCAUGCGUUCCUGGGCUUGUUAGAAUACAUGAUGAACUGUUCCGUGUUUGAUCUGUUGAUACUGAGACAAUCCUGGUUGUGAUUUGAAUAAUUUCAGGAGUUCAUCACUUUCACCCGGGUAACGUGUGUUGUGGACUUGGCAGCUUUGAACUUUGGAGACAAUCUUCUAGUGGCCGCUACAUCGUAGCUAAUCUGCAGACAUGUCUGUCAGUCUUGGUGCCAUAUCCAACCUGUACGGCUUUUAUCAACAGGCUAAGGGAGUGGCGACAACUAACCAAACAGAAUGCGAUCACUUAAUCCAACGCGACCUGUUCUACUAUUGGGUCCUCCUGCCGUCGAUUGGGAUAAUAUGCACGCUGAUGGGUUUUGUGAAGAGAAUGCAACUAUUGCCAAAUAUCCUGAGUGGGAGACCAGGCAUCCUGAUACCAAUGAACUUCCUAGAUGACAGAGGCAACCGUCUUUCCUACGCAGCUGUGUUUGGACUGACCUCAUCUCUGUGUAUGAGGAUGAUACAGCAGGAGUUCCCGGUCCCCAUCAUAGGACCCGCUUAUCUUAAAGUCUUGGCCAAGUUGGCCACCAUGCUGCUGUAUGGCUUUGCACUCUACCCGAUGCUAGCCGCGCUGACUGUGGGGACCGUGCUGAGCUUCGGCCUGGGGACACUCUACUGUUGGAUGUUUUUCAUCGUUAACAUGAUUCUCUUGACGGACUGUGCAAAUGACUGGCAAUGGGAAUUUUACAUGGAGCAUGUCUUCCUGCCAAGUGUACCCGAGUUGAUCUGCAGUACCUUCCUGGCUAUUUCGUUCCCGAUCAGGUUUGUCAAGAAACUCAUCAAGAAGAUACGCAAGAUAGAUAUCAAGGACACACAAGAAUUCUUUGAGGGUUCUUAUCAAGCGAAGUAUGUGAGGCAGCUGCUUAAACCACCAAUAGUGGAUAUUAACGAUGAUUCGAAACCGAAACUGAAGGAGAGGCUCACAAAGAAGAUAAAGUCGAUGACAUACACAAAGGUGUCGGGGUUCCGGUACUCGCCUCGCAUUCUCUCUACCUAUACUGCUGGAAUUAUUUUGCUCUUUCUGAUUUCCUUCCAAUCCUUCUCUAACCUCGUUCUGGCGAUAAAAGCUGCCUUAUAUGUUUUAGGGUCAGGGAUAGACCCCAAGGAUAACAGGACGCUCGACGAGGUCUAUGAUAGUAUCUCUAUUGCUGCUGCAGGGAACGACAAAUCUGGAUUGGCUCGGUUACUCUAUCAUUGGUUUCACACAUUCUUAGUGCUCCUCUGCCUAGCCGUCACACUCUGCAGCAUAAUUGGCAUCCUCCAAAUCGCCCUUGGAUUACGGGCUUACAGGGAAGACCUAUUAAAUGCUCAUAGUGGUGACUUCUCGAAGAUUGGACCGCGUGACGGUUAUAGCUCACUUAUGGUUGCAUUUGUGAGAUAUUCGGGUUACCAGGUAGCAUACAUAUUUUGGGCAUUCAUCCUACAGUUUGUCGUUAUCCUCCUCGUCCUGUGCGUGCUGGCCUACGUCAUCUUCAUCCCGAUUAUCUUUGGCAGAGCACUCUGGUUUAUCCAUUUGCUUAGGGAUUAUUGGCCAGUCAUCGCCAUCAGUAUCGUCAUCAGCCUGAUAUCUUCCUUAUCGGCAAGAUUCAUAUUCCUGCAGAAGCGGGGGAAGAUAUUUGCAAUGAAUAAUAGACGACUCCUCUUUUGCGUGAUGUACUUCCUAUUUUUCUACAACGUCUUCGUCGGUUUCUUUUCCUGUAUUCUGCGCAUGCUCAAAUCGAUCGCAUUUGGCCUGUUCUUCCUGAGCCGACUCGACAGCAGUACUCUCCCAAAGAAGUUUGAAAAGAUGGAUCCAGGUUUCAAAGCCUACGUCGGCCUGAUCCACGUUGAGAACGCUCACACCCACCCAGUCCUGCUGACCUUCGUGAACAUGGUGAAAGAGAUCGUACAAUUACAGAGAGACAAGGAUGAGGAGGAAAGCAAGGCCGAAAAGGAACCCUAUAAAAAAAUCGGUCAUAGUGCCGAAGAUGUGGUGGAGCUCGGAGCUAACAUCGAAAAGAAAGAAGACGACAACAGGGAGGCCGUGGAGAAGAACGCAAGACGACGAAAGGCAUUGCAGGCCCAGUGGUUCCUUGCCUACACCUUGCUCAACAACCUCCCGCUGAGGGCCACCAGGAAGCACUACAUUGAUGCUGAGAAAGAGAGGCUACAGAAACGGUUCAAGAAGCAGGCAGGCGAACUGGCCGUGGAGGUUGAGGACCCAGGAGCAGAGAAUGAUGGCCAUGGACUGGGAGUCGAGCUGGCCACGGAUUUUAAAGACCCAGGAGCAGAAAAUGAGAAAAAUAACGCAGCUUUUGCUAAGGGAUUAGAAGUUUCUACGUUAUGAAAAAGGAGCAAUACAGUUGGGCCUCUUUGAGACCACUGGAGGAUGGGCCCAUGCCAUAGUGACGUACAUCGAACACACUGAUUUGGUGUCAGAAAUCCCCUUGGAGUUUUGUUACAGAAAUAUAAAUUGGCUGAUCAUCCAGCCGCACCAUUAUUCCCGCCAUUUCUGACAGUUCAUCGGAAGACUAUGUCAGGAUGACAAUGGCUAAGAUUUGCAUGAUCCGUUAUAGAGAUUUACCUUCAUUUAUAAAUUAUAUUGCAAGGGUUUUCUGGGCUUCUUUGGUUUGUGGCCCCCGAAAGGUGGGUUCCUAAAGAGGUUCUAUUGUAUUGAAAAACUGGAAGAAAGUUUGUAAUGCGCCUAAAUAAUAAUUGUGAUUUUUUUUUAAUUUACGAGCGCAAAAAUAUAGCUACGCGAUCAUCUGGCGGCUUACAGUUAUGUAUAUAUGUAUAUAAUCUGCUACAGUAGUUGCAAGCCUACAAUAGUGCCAUAAUUCGUUCAUCCAUUUGUUUAUUUUUAUUAUUCUUUUUAUCUGACCAAUUUUUAACUUUUUGUAUGUACGUACAUGUAUGUACCCCGACGUGUAGCAUUUCACAUGGACUUGUGUUAUGGAGUGAGCAAUUUAUCCAAUGAAAAUUUCAUCAAUGCAGCCAUCAUUCAAAGGUUGUAUAUUGGCGUUUGAUCGUUCAAUGAACGGAAAACGCCUAGUGAAAUUACUAUAGGCACGGAUGUAUAGCACUGUACAAAAAAUGAGUUAGGCACUUAUGUUAUUAGUGUGACGUUAUAUUACAUGUAUAUAUAUAUACGAUUGCCACUGAUUGUAUUAUUGGGUAGUAUAUAAAAUAAAACACUGUCACUAUUU